GAUAUUAACAUUGGAAUCGUUAUUCCUAUCCACAGAUAUGACCGUUACAACAUAUGCAGCUCACAAUAUCGAGAAGUGGGAUCAUUCCAAAGAGUGCAAGCAGCCAUCUUUGCCAUUGACGAAAUAAACAACAAAACAACGCUUCUACCAAAUAUUAAGUUGGGAUACACGUUAAUGGAUGAUUGUUCUAAGGACACCACAGCUUUAGCUCGUACGUUGCAUUUUAUUCAAGAAGCGAAUAAAACCAGAAGUGAAGAUGACGAAGGUCUAGUUGCUUAUGAUGUUGUUGGUGUUAUAGGCACUGAGAGCAGUAGGAACUCUGUACAAAUGGCAGACAUGCUGUCAAUAUUCAGAGUCCCCAUUCUCAGUUAUCUGUCCACAAGUCCCAUACUCAGCGACAAAAAUGUAUACCCUUAUUUUUCCCGAAUCGUUCCGUCCGAUGUUCUCCAAGCUAAAGUAAUAGUUGAUGUGCUGGCCCACUUUGGAUGGGAGUAUAUAUCAGUUAUAUAUGCUGAAGGUAGUUAUGGUACAUUGGGAUUCCAGGCCGUUAAGAAAAGGAUUGAUGAUAUUGGUUCGUGUUUAGCAGUGACAACAGAAAUGAGACAGUCCUUCUCGGACGAUGAAUAUGAUGACAUAAUCAAGUCUCUCAAGAAAGCUCCAAGAGCAAAAGCGGUUGUGAUAUUUGCUCCUUUGGCUCAAACUAGGGCACUGAUGAAGGCCGUUGAUCGAAUGAACGCCUCUGGAGAUUUUACAUGGAUAGGUAGUGAUGCAUGGGGAAGAAAUAUUCAAGACUACGAUGGAAUCGAAAAGGCGGCAUUGGGAGCUAUAACUAUUAAGUUUUACUCACCAUCUGUCAAAAGAUUUGACGACUCAUUUAUGCAUCUAUCAGUUAAGUCCGCGCCAGAAAAUCCAUGGAUAAAACACUUUGUGGAAGCUCAUAAUAACUGCAAAUUUGAUGCUACCGGUAAUACAGCAGCAUGUAAUGACACAAUGAAUUUUGUUCCCAAUUACAAACAGGAGGUUACCGUUUCUCUAGUUAUGGACGCUGUUUAUGCGUAUGCUUUAGCCAUGAACAAGACACUCUCAGAAUGUCCAACUGGGUCUACUUCACCAAGAUUGUGUUUUAAUGGCUCGGAUUUGGUUGAGGCUUUGCGCAGUGUCACUUUCAAUGGCGAGCAUGGUAAAGUGGCUUUCAAUUCCGAGGGAGAUGGUGUCGCCGUUUAUGAGUUGCAGAAUUUUCAGUUGGUUAAUGGAGAGUAUGUUCUGAGACCUAUUGGGUUAUGGGAUAGCGAGGUCAAGAAUUUUACCACAUUUAGUCCCGAAAAUAUACUAUGGAACCCAUUACUAACCUUAGAAAAGAACAAUCUUCCCAAAUCCACGUGUAGUGACCCAUGCGAAGCUGGGUACCAGCAAGUAGUGACGCAACCUCAUUGUUGUUGGUACUGUCAGAAGUGUCGAGAUAACGAGAGAACAGUUAUGAGGGAAGGAUUAGCUAAAUGUGAUAUCUGUCCUAAACAGGGUAAUUAUACUUGGCCAGAUGAAGAAACAAAGGAAUCGUGUGUGAAUAUUGAGCCCACGAUUGUAAAAGUUCAAGACUUUACUGGAGCGUUGAUCGUCUCGUUCGAUAUCGUGACCAUUAUGUUAGCCAUUUUGGUUACCGUGUUCUACAUUCUCAACAACCAAGAGAAACUUAUCAAAGCAAGCAGUAGGGAGUUGUCGUAUUUGAUACUUGUCGGAGUGUUCCUUUCUAGUAUAUUCGUUACAUUCUUCGUAGUUUAUCCUACGGACUUUACAUGCACCGUCACCGAUCUGGGAUUUCAUCUAAGUUUUUCAUUUUCCUAUGGACCGCUACUGAUAAAGACUAACAGAAUAUACAGAAUAUUUACAUCUGGAAAGAAGUCAAAAGCUCGACCGCCAUUUAUUGAGUCGAAGUACCAGAUGAGUUUUGCUAUUAUAACAAUUCUUGUACAGGUAAAGCAUUUCUUUAUAGACCUAUAUUUCUUCCCUGCAGCUACGGGCCUGGGUUCUUUGCCACUUAUCAUCGUAACGACGUUCACUAUUAUGGAUAAUCCAAAAGCCGUAGCUCAGAUGCCAAGUUUUGCAGAGCGCUAUGUUGAAAUCACCUGUCAACUACCAGAGAUUGGGUUCCUAUGUUCCCUUACAUAUAAUAUGUUAUUAGUCUUACUUUGUACUUUCCAUGCCAUAAAAACUAGAAAAUUACCCGAUAAUUUCAACGAAUCUAAAUUUAUAAGUUUUUGCGUUUACACUACCAUUGUACUUUGGUUGGCUUUUAUUCCGACAUAUUUCACAACUACUAAAACUAAUUAUAAAGCCAUGUUUUUAUCUUUGGCUAUGUUAGCCAAUUCUUUAGUCACGCUAUGUUUCUUGUUUUUACCUAAAUUAUAUGCUUUG